CAAGACAAAUCGACGAGGACAAGGUAUAUAGCGCAGGCCGCAGGGCAUAUCCGCAUAUGCGCAGUUGGCCGAAGCGGCGGCGCCCACAGAGACAGGUCGCAGUUUUCGUGGUCCGUCCGGUCCUCCAGCGGUCCAGCCUCUUUAGCACACACAUCCACGUCGCAUCUGCUGCACCUGCACCUGGACUACCGCAGACAGCCAGACACCCAGGCGCUUUAUUUCUUUGCGUCUACAGCCACAGACAGGAGACGGCAUCCAAGCAUUAUUUCCAGGCAGAGUGUCCCGGCCGCUCUGUGCCUGUGUUCAAGGCGUGGUCGCGUGGAGGAAGAGGAUGAGAAUGGCGGCGUAAUACGAUGGCCUUCCAGUCUCCGUCGAAACUCGAGGUAGACAGACUGAUCGAUGAGACACACAGUCGAAACUCGCCGGCACAUAUAUAGGUCCUGUUUCAAUCUUACUGGAUAAACUUUAAUAGCUUUUUUUUAGCUAUUUAGUGAUCUAAACAGUAGAGCUAAUGGUGGUGUGAUAAAAUUUAGCAACUAUUAUUUAAUAAACUGCUUAAAGCAUCUCCAACAACAGUUACUUAAACAGGUUUCUAAAUCUCAGUUUAAAGAGUUAUUAGAAAAAACUUAUCUCCAGUGGUGUUGUAAAUGUUAUUGCUAAAUUUAUAAAGUUGCUACAUUUCUCUAUCUGGUCGCUACAUGUAGCAAGGCCCAAGGGACUCCCGAAAGCUCGAUUUCGUGCCAAAUCCAGCGAAACUAUUAUGCGCGCCUUCUUUCUUUUCUCUUUCGCGCGCUGCUUCUCCCCACACGUUCGUACUGGCCGCCAGAACAACUCCGCCGCCCGCCAACUCUAGCCUUGUAGUGCCGAGCCGAACUCCCAUCGCGUCGUCGUCCGACCUCUGAAGGUCCCUCGUUGGCCGUCACAGCCUUUGGAAGGACACCGCCAUUUGAAGGUCCUCCGUCCCGCCUCUGAAGGUCGACCGCCGCCAUUUGAAGGUCCCCUGUCCCGCCUCUGAAGGUCUCCAUUUGAACUCGCCAUCUGAACUCGUCAUCAGACGGCCCCAACUUUUUCCUCUUCGGUGGUUGGACAGCUGCUGUGGUUGGGAGUUGUCGACCAAUUUCUUCCCAGCACAUUCUGCUUAGCCUGAUGGGAGAGGUGGAGGCUGGACAAUCAGAAGAAGGUGGUUCAUACUUCACGAACUUGCUGAAUGAAGGCCAAUAUGAUGCAUGUUUUGAAGAAUAUGGAACUAUACCAUUUGAGUCACAGCACUCUUGCCGCCUGAAAAGGAGAGAAAUCCCUCAUCAAAGCCAUCACAAAAGCAAAAAGGGAAAAAUUUUAGCGUGGAUGAAGAUAGGCUUAUUGUGUCAGCAUGGUUAAAUGUCAGUAUGGAUCCAACACAAGGAACAAAUCAAACAAAAGAUACAUUUUGGAGAAGAAUCCACAAGUACUAUGAGAGCAAUAGAGGAACUUUACCAGAACGUAGUCAGAAUUCGUUGUUGCAUCGUUGGAGUUCUAUUAAUGAUGCUGUUAGUAAGUUUUGUGCUUGUGUAACCCAAAUACACAAUAGAAACCAGAGUGGGAUGACUAUUCAUGACAGGGUGGAGGAGGCUGAAAAGCUUUUCCAGUCUCUAGACCCCCAAAAAAAGUCUUUUCAGUUUAGGCAUUGUUGGCUCCAGCUCAGAAAUCAGCCAAAAUGGCAUGACAAGCUGCAGCAAAUGGCAGCUGUAAAAACAAGCAACAAAAAACAGAAGGUAGCCAAAGAUUUGAGUCCGGGAUUAGUUGAUCUUACUACUCAAGUUGGGAAUGAAGUUUCUCCUGUACAGAUUGUCCCUCCAAAUAUAGCUGCACCAGAAAGACCAAUGGGUAAGAAGAGGUCAAAAGAAGCAAUGUGUAAAGGGGGUUUUGAUGCAUGUUCUGAUGCAUUGGACAUUUUGUGGGAAAAGAAGAGACAGGCUGAUGUAGAGAAGGAGUUAAAGAGAGAGGAGAGGUAUGCACAAGCAUAUGCUCUAGAUAAAGAGAGGCUUGAGCUGGAACACAAGAGGCUUACAAUUGAAGAACAGAAGCAUACAAAUGAACAAAAAAGGCUUGAUCAAGAGAAAGAGCGCCUAGCCAAUGAAGCAAACAACCUUUACAUUAAGCGGAUUGAAGAAGAACAGAAAAUUAUGAGUAUAGACCUUACUACUAUGAGUGAAUUGCAAAGACAAUACUAUAUGUGUUUGCAGGCUGAUAUCGUUGCACGUCGCAUGAAUUAGUUGUUUUUUUCAAAUUUUGGUCAGAUCACAGAUGCGACUUUAGAUUAUUUUGUUUCAUUAGUUGUUUUUUUCUUCAAAUUUUGGUCAGAUCAUAGAUGCUACUUUAGAUUA